AUGGACUCCAUCUCUCAGAGCCUGCAAGAUCAGAUCUCAGAGCUGCUGAAGCCUCACAGAGUCUGUCUGGUGAUGCCUGUUGUUCUGAACAACUCCACUCAGACAUGUGGGAGAUCGUCCGACACGUUUGUGGUGCUGAGUCUGUGGAGAGGUUACCUGGUCGUGAACAAGCAGCCUGUCAGGGUGGAGAGCACUUUCAGCUACAUGGAGGUUUGCUCCAUCCACAUUCACGAUCUCACAAAGAUUGUGUUGGAGACAGACAGGCAGACUCUGUCUUUCAGCGUAUGGCAUGUUGAGGAUCUUGAAGCCAUGGUCGCUCACAUGACUGUUUCACUGAAGAGGAUCUUCCCUGAUUCAUCCCCAGGAAAGCUAUUAAAGACGAUUCCUGCAGAUCUCCAGCAGAGACUCAUCACAUUGACUGCUGCGAUAGAGGAGCAGAUGAACAGUCAGCCUGGCUGCUGUGGAGGAUUCUCUGAUACCUAUGCUGCUCUAUGUGAUUUCAAUGAGAUGCCAUUUAUAGAGGAGAUUCAGUGGGAUGUUGACAACAUCUACUCCACCCACAACUGGAGACAGUUCAACCUGCACGACUUCAGCCACUUAGACAGCAGAGAUUUGGCAUUAGCAGUAGCAGCUCUGUCCUUCAACCACUGGUUUACCAAGAUCUACUGCAAAGAUCUCAAGAUGUCAGUAGAUGUCCAGAAGCAGCUGACUUUCCUGCUCUCCAGGUCUCCCAGUGUGGAGGAGCUCUCACUGGAGGCCAGUGGACUCAAACUUGACUUUGCAGUCAAAAUGGCCGCUGCCCUGCGUGAACACGCCUGCUCUACCCUGCAUUCCAUCAACCUCUCAGACAAUCCAAUCGAAGACAAAGGUGUAAUAGCUCUCAGUCAGGUGCUGGGGAAUCUACCUAAAGGACUCAAGCACCUUUCUCUGUCCAGAGUAUCAAUGACUGCAAGAGGUAUGGGCUGUCUGAGUCAGCUGUUAUGCUCCAGUCAGCUCUUCUCCGCCUCUCUGACCCACCUUGAUCUGUCUGCUAACCCCAGCACCCUGGUUACUGAGGAGGCCAUGUUUCUCUUCGGGUUCCUUUCCAGCCCGAACUCUCUGUGUCACCUGGACCUCAGUGAUACCAGCUGUCCCCUUGACACGUUAUUUGUGUCACUCUCCUCUGGCUGUUGUUACAAACUGAUGCACCUGAACCUUGCCAGGAAUCCUUUCAGCCACAGAAAGGUGCGAGGGGUGACCAGGAGCAUUGAAGAGUUCUUCAGUCAGAGCUGUGAGCUGAAAUAUGUGAAUCUUUCUGUGACCAAACUACCUCCACAAGCUCUCAGGUUAUUACUACAGGGCCUGGCAACCAACACCCAUCUCUCUGGUCUGGAGUUGGACCUUAGUAGCUGUGAGCUACGUUCUGAUGGGGCCCAGGUCAUACAAGAGCAUAUCUCUGAAGCUACUGCAAUCAAAAGUCUGGAUAUCUCUGACAAUGGUUUUGAAAAUGACAUGGUGACUCUGGUCCUGUCUCUUGGUCGUUGUCGCUCUCUUCAACGUCUUGUUUUAGGCGGGAACUUUGCCAUGAAGUCCAGAGCUCUCACUGAUGUUCUUCAUCGUAUAGCUCAGCUCAUUCAGGAUGAAGAGUGUCCCUUGCAAUCUCUAUCAGUGUGUGACUCCAAGCUGAAGAAUGGGAUGCACAUCCUGCUGAGCGCUCUGGGAGGCCACACAGCUUUAGCUGAACUAGACAUCAGUGGAAACAACAUCGGAGACACUGGAGCCAAAAUGCUGGCUAAAGCCCUGAUGAAUAACACUAGACUGAGGUCUCUGACAUGGGACAGAAACAAUGUCACUGCCAGGGGUUUCCAGGAUUUGGCAGAUGCGUUGGAAAGGAACUUUACUCUGCAGCAGGUGUCUCUGCCUCUGGCUGAUAUCACACAGAGUUACCGCAGUGACCCUGACAGAACAAAAGAGGCCCUGCACAAGAUUCAGCAGUGUUUGGACAGAAACAACCAGAGAAAGUCGGACAGCGUGGAACUUCAGCGAGUGUUUGUAUCUCAACAAUCUGAAAAGCUGGUUCAUGGUAUGUGUCGGCAGCUGGAGGACAGUCUUCAACAGUUAAACCCCUGCAGCAUUCAGGAGGCUCAGGCUGACAUCCUAACAGCCCACGAGGUGCUGCACACUGCCAGAGAGUCGUGCAAGGUGCUUCCCUCUCUGUAUGAGGCAGGAAGGACAUGUGCCUCUCAUGGAGACUUUGUGAUCAGCAUCCUCACUAACACAGCAGCUGCAGUGACCAAGGAGUUCACUCGAAGCAUUCAGGAAAUGGCUCAAAGCCUGAUGAGUUGCGCAGGGGCAGUGUGUCCACGUGUACUCCAGCGAUCAAGUGUGAGUGAUUGUCUGUCAGACGAGUGUGUGUCCAAAAGAAGCACACUGACACACAUGUUUCUGAGAAGCACUCUGGUGGAGAACACAGGGAAGAUCAUCAUCGACAGACUGAGUGAACUAAGACAAACAUUGAGUGUCUCUUUGGCUGAAAGCAUCAUAGAACAAGUACUCAAGGAUCUGACAGUAGCACAAGAUACCAUGGAUUGUCUAAUAAAAGAACAUUCAUGCAGUGCUCUUCGACUCAACAUCCCAGAACUCCUUCUGGGUGACUGUGACUUACCAACUGAUGAUUACAGUCCAGCGUUUUGGAGAAAUAGCUUCAACUCCAAGAGCCUGAGGCCUGCUUCUUCAAUAAAGAGUCUCCUCGAUGGGUACUGGGAGCAGAAGACCAGGAACAGAGUAGCAGAGAGAGAGAGAGGAGAUGCUGGAGAGGAAAGAGGAGGAGAAGAAAGGUAUGACCUCCCCCACCUGUCAGUCACAGACACAAGCCCCUCCCUAUCGCCCUCCCCUUCCCCGACACCCUCCCCCCCGGGAUGGAGGAGGCGGCGGGAGGGGGAGGUGGUGGAUGCUGCAGCAGCAAUAUCAGGAGCGAGAGGAGCAUCGUUCAUUCCUCCUCCCAGUCUCCCCCUCCUGUACUCCAUCUCCACUCCAGAGCCCGAGGAGGAGGCUGCCGGCCGUGGAGGCUCAUUCAGACGAGAAGCUCCCUUCUCCCGCUGCGGCCCCAGCUCUGGAUCCUCCGCGUCUCCCAUGGAGCCUCUACCCACCCAGGGACAGACUCUAAGGCACUACACCGCCUCCCGACCACGGCCAAGACGCACACAUACACAACCCCCCUCCUCCAGGCCUCAGGAGCCAGUGUCAAAAGUAGAGAAUGAGGCCAGUGAGGGGAUGGGCCGAGUGGAUGAAGGAGUAGAGGAGUUCUUCACAAAGAAAAUCCUCCCUGACUAUGCACUAAAAGGCCGGUGGGAGGAGUCAAACCCUGCCCAAGCCACUCCCCCAGAAUCAAGUUCCACCCCCUCUGCUUCAACCCCCUUUUCCUCUUCGUCUGAGAAUAUCACCUCCUAUACCACCACCACCGUCACCUCUCCCUCUGUCCCAUAUACUGACACAUUCUUUACAUCAACUGAUGUUCCACCCCUAUCUGCAUCCUCCACUACCCCUACACCCUCUUCUGUAACCACCACCACCAACACUGCAAUUCCUACCAAAAACAUCAAGAAAAAGUUUGGCGACUUCUUCGUUUUCAAGAGGGCUCGUGCUGGCCGAGUCACCAAGGCAGGAGGGGGAGAGGGAGGAGGAGGAGAGGGGGUGAAGGUCAAAAGAACCUCCAUUGCAGACCUUAUUCGACCCCUCCGUGAGGCCAAAGAAAGGGAGAGAGAGAGGGAGAGGGACAAGGAGAGAGAAAAGGAGAGAGAGGCAAGGUCAGGGAUGGAUGCUAAUGUUUCUAAUGAUGCUGCCACUACAGAAGGAACCAUUCGCACAAGCCACCAUGUUGUAGGAGAUGCAAGGGAAACCAGUCCUUCUUACCCCACCAUCAGCCCUGACCCCAUUGGUGCUACGCUUUCCAACCUAGAAGAAGAGGCGGUGUUGUCAGGUUGCACCCCCAGCCCCAUGGUCACAUCCCUCUUAACUGAGCAAGAGAGAAGUACUGUGCUGACGAGAGAGAUGAAGUUAGGAGGGACCCCAUAUGGAGAGAGAAGACUGAAGGCUACCAAGAGGUCACUGAGAGAGGGCAAGAGUCAGAGUCUCAUCCUGCUGACUGGACUUGAGCCUGAAGACAAGGAUAAUAUACACAGUAAGAAACAUGCAUCUGAGAGCACCUCCAGCUUUGAGCAGAGACUUCAAGUGAUGCUGCACAGAAUGGGUGUGGCCAAGACCAGUUCUACUGAAACCAAAACUAACAAAGACGAGGAGCUGAGAAAGGCCAAUUCUGAAGGUGCUAUCCUGGAAAAACCUGAACCACCUCCCACAUACAUGAAACCCAGAACCAUGUCCACAUCAUCAGCAGACCCUCGGCAUCUUAUUAGAGUGCUGGACCCGAUCCGACCAGACCCUCCCCUUCACCCGAAGCCCAGUCUCCAUGAUCGCCCCUUUGGCUCCCUGCCACCCAAACCUGCCAUAGCAGCCAAACCUCCCCUCCCCACCCCGGCUGCCCCUGCAGGGGGAGGAGCUCGUCCAUCUUCUGCUCCUCCAUCCAGCAGCAUGGCAGAAAGAGUCCCGCUCAGAGCACACACACGUGAUGGCAGGCUAGGCGAGAGUGCAGUUCAGAAUGGAGGCCAGGACGGUCCCCAGGGUGCAGCCUCGGCUCCGUCCCCGAGUAAAGAGCAGCUUCCUCCAUCCCCAUCUCCAUGGAGGGGGCCUAGUGCACAGGAUCGCCAGGAGAAAGCACAAUCAGUGACAGACGAGUGUCUUCCCAAGCCACGCCCACAUGUGAAGCCCCUUCCACAACGCAGAGCUGUGUCCGUCCAUGAAGACACUCUGGCACAAGAGCUGAAGGCGGUGUUACAGAGGUCCCCCAUCCGUUUCCGGGGAAACAGAGGAGACUUACCCACCUGCACUGAAGAUCCAUCCAGUGCAGAUGAAGCACAAAGAGCUAAGGGAGCCAGUGACACAGGAAAAGAGACAGCUGGAGAAAAAAAGCACCAGAAGGAGGAGCUGAAGUCACAGAAAGGUGGCGGGACGAUAGCUGAUGCAAAGCACCCCUCUCCAGAAGAGGAAGAAGCCCUGGGCUCAGGGAUUCCCUCCUUUACAGCUCAGACUCAUCAAGGAGUAUCAGCACCUCGACUCUUCACUCCAGCCCUCAACAAAGCUUCGUCCACCCAGGAGAGGCCCCCAGCACGAACCCCAACGCUAGAAAAUACUUCUGUAACCUCCACAACCCAGAAAAAGAGCCCCAGCACAGUCCCAACUUUCGACAAACUGCUUGUGUCCCCACCACUCCAAGACAAGACCUCCAGCACAACCCACAAGAAGAAGAGCCCCGGCACGGCACCAGCUACAAAGGAUCUUGGAAACAGCACAGAGGAGAGAGGAGAGGCGCUUUCUAAACAGCACACAAUGAAGGCAGAGCCAGCAGACCAAAGACCUGAGCCCCCUCUGUCUGAAUAA